CUCUCUGGAUGGACGCAAGCCUAGUAAACGUUUCCCGCUAUGGCUCAUUCUACCUGAGCGGUAACCCAUGGUUGUGUAGCUGUCCUCUACUGGACAUGGUGCAAAGGCAAUCGACCUAGAGUUGUUGAUGCGGAUAGCGUCACAUGCAAGUUCCCUUACUCCCAGAGUUCCCAUCUCGUAAAGUACAUGAGCAGCCAAGACGUGCAGAUUGGUUGUCCUGUUCGCACAUUCUGGGACCGGGUGCAGGAUACUGCCGAAAAGGUGGAGGACGUGGAGCGCUGGUUCCGGCGACGUGGUGUCCACAUGUACACCAUCUACCAAGCCCUCAUAUGGAUACUAGUGAUUGUGGCGGCGGUAGUAGCCGUGCGUAUUCUGCUGCGGCGCCAGAAGAAGAACACUAAGGUUGCGCCAGCUCCGGCGGAAGUCCCUUACAACAUUCUUGAUGACAAAAUGUUGGGCAUAGAAACACGAACGAGGUGUUUCACAAAUAUACAUAUUACUGUACUAUUUAGAUAGUUAGUAACUAACAUAUUGUUUGUAUCUGGACAUAAACAAUUCUUAAUAUAUUAGAAAACAGAUUUUUAUUAUA